CGGGCGGGGGCGGCGCUGAGGGCUCUGUGCGCGUCGGCGGCGCCGCGCUCGCUCCGCGCCGGGACGCGCUCGGGGCGGCCGCGGUUUGUGUGAAGUCCCCUCUCCUGUGCCCGAGUCCGUUCCUCUGAAGCGUCACCAGCGUGUGGAGCCCGCCCCACACACCCAUCCCCUGCCAAACCACGGCCUUUACCUGCGUGUUCCGGUGUUUCCCGUGCGACCCGUCCUGCGGCAGUGCCUCCUGGGCCGCCCCCGAGUUCCCCCAGCGCUCCGUGGCUCCAAUGGUGAAGAUGACAAGGUCCAAGACUUUCCAGGCGUAUCUGCCUUCGUGCCACAGGACCUACAGCUGCAUCCACUGCCGGGCUCACCUGGCCAACCACGAUGAGCUCAUUUCCAAGUCCUUCCAAGGAAGCCAAGGACGUGCUUAUCUCUUCAAUUCCGUAGUUAACGUGGGCUGUGGCCCUGCAGAGGAGCGGGUCUUAUUAACGGGAUUACAUGCGGUGGCAGAUAUUUACUGUGAAAACUGCAAAACCACGCUGGGGUGGAAAUAUGAACACGCUUUUGAAAGCAGCCAGAAGUAUAAAGAAGGCAAAUACAUCAUUGAACUAGCUCACAUGAUCAAGGAUAAUGGCUGGGAUUGAGUGGGAGAGCCCAGCCCUAGCAGCGUGUAAGAGAAUGCCAUCCAACCGAACAUUAUAUCCAAGAGUGAGAGAGUGACUGAACGCUUGGUUCCAUGCAUUUAGAGGCUCUGCAACCCGGGAGCAUCUUCACACCCUUCUCCAUCUUUAUUGGUGACUGGCCUCUAAAUUUCUGUCUCUCUGUCUCUUUGCUUUGUAUCUGUUUGUGAGUUGACCCUGGCUGCUUCUCUCUCUGUCCUGGCUCAGAGAACGCCCCGAAUGCCGAAGCCAUUCCAUGUGCCCAGUGCUGCCGGUGGCUCUGGGGUGGCAUUUGUACCAGGAGAGCUCUCGGUGCGGGGGGAGGCCCCGAGGUUUGGGCAGGAGGAGGUGAGAGGGGGGUGAGCCCCGAGGGAAUCAUCCGAGGCUGACCCUGCGCUUCUCCUCUCGGUGCUGGUCAAGCAAGGCUUGAAACGUCUCCUUGUCUGGGUGGACAGAUAAAAUACCUCACCCUCCCCAUCCCAACCCACCGCUCCGGCCCCGGCUGGCUGAGCACGAGUUCCCCCCACGAGCCAGUUGCAAUCUGUGUCGUGUUUGCUGUUUAUGAAGUUGUUGUUAGAGGGGGCAGGGCCCGAGGGCUGCAGAGCUUCCCUCUGCCUCUCCUUGUCCUCGCUGCUGCAGGGUAGGGAGGACUGAACACCCCAGCAGAAACCAAAUCCUGACUCCUGAGCCCUUCAGAGAGGAGGAGAAAACCACUUAAGGCACGAGGAGGCUGGAGCUGCAGCUUAGAAGAUAUGACAAGGGUGGAAAAAAAGGCAUAUGUGAGGCAAGAAAGGAAAUUGCCCUAGAGGAGGAUGGGGAGAGACUUAGUAACAGAGGGUACCCCUUGAUUUCCUGGCCUCCCCUGAGCACCCCUGGAGGUGUUUUACCAAUCCUUCACAAGUGCAAGUAGGAAAAUGCUGUUACAGGAUCUUUUCCUUAAAUCCCAGGCCCCAGCCAUCUGUGGGAGCCUGGCAGAGAAAUGGGGCGAGAGUGGGGAGAGGAGGGAGCAGAGGAGCUGGUGGUUGAAUUGCACAGGUGGAUAUUUCAAGCCAUGAGGUAUCCCCCCAAAACCUUCCCCCCCUUUUCCCACUCCCAGAAGCCUGCUGCAGGCACGGGGGGGAAAUGGGAUAGAAAAAACUUAAUAAUCUUCCCCCUACCCCUGAAAUUACACCUGGGAGUUCAAAGCAGGGGGGAGAUGUGGGCAGCAAAACUGCAAGGGGAUAAGUCCCUCCCAUUUUAAUUUUUCCAUUGUGAUUCCUGAGGACCUUCCCGAGGUGGAUGGAAGGGAAGGGGCAUCGUGUGUGAGAGGGAAAGGCAUAAAUGACAAUGUGAAGUUUGCUCUGCAACAGUCCAGCCAGUAACUGGUGCAUAACUCAAGACCAUUGAACUGAAUUAGUUUUAUCUCUCUGAGUGAAUUUUCUUUUUGUUUGUGGAAUUCUUUCAAGUAGGUUAAUCCAUGGGGGGGGAGGAGAAAUCUUUCUUAAUCCAGAAGGAAAGAGUAUUGUGCAGGGGUUUGUGACUCCUUAUGAAAUGGGAGCUUUGGAGCUGUAAUCUGGUGUUGCUGGAUUCCACCCCGGAGAGGCUCUGAGGGGAUCAGGCCUGGGGGGCUGCUGGGACAGAGUCCUUUGGUGUUAAAAAAUUGGCAGGGAAUGUGAACAGAGAUGCCCCUGAGGGAUCAGGGGGGAUCUGAGUGUUGGGUCCUUGUGCUGAAACCCAAACCUGAUGAAGCAAAGGCUGUUUUUUUCUCUCAAACAUCUGGUUUUGACGAUCCUGGAGAGGGAAGGGAGGUGGGGGCUGGUCUGGCUCCUGCAGUGGGUGGAGUUGGAUCAGUUUGGGACCAGCCUGAGGUGGCUUCUGCCCUCACCCUUCUGCUGUGGCUGUGUAAAAAUUGCUUCAUCUUCCAUUUCUGGUUGUCUCUGCUUCCAUCAUCCACGUUCCCCUCAGUGACAAAAACCUACUAGAAAUCAAAAAUUCCACAGUGCCCACUGUCUUGUUCACUCUGGCACUGAGCUGGUCCCAUUUCCCUGUCCUUUGCUUGGGGAUCCAAGACAAUUUAUUGGGUUUUGAGUAGUGGGAGAUAAUUUCUGUUCUUCAAGGAGCUCUUGAGUCUCCUCAGAUACAGAGCCUUCAAAGGGGUCUGGUUGGAGCUGGGAGAAGUGAGGGAUAAUCCCAAAUCCCAUGGGUUUGAGGAGAGCACACAGGGGCUCAUCUUUUGAUGUUGGUAUUUGGAGUGACUGCUGAUAAAAAGUGAUAUAAAAGGCAGGGCUGUGUAAAGAACUGCUCUGAGAAAUAAGAACUUCAGAGAGCUGGUUUUAUCUGUAUAUUUGGGACUAGAAAGGACAGUGAUCCAUCAGAUGGGGCUGUUUUUAACUGGUCACAGGUGUCAGGCUUUUAAUGGCAGCCAGCCUAAGCUUGAGUAUGAGAUCUUAAUCUGCUUUUAAUUGGUUUUGUCCCACCAGCAUCCGCAGAGUCCCCCACUGCUGGGUGGGAAACACCCACUGCUGGGGGUGUGACAGGAACACACCUGGGUGGCUGUGACUGUCCCCAACACCCCGAGAGUUCCCUGGGGGGUGCAGUGCUCUGCCCAGGGACAAGGAGAAAGGGGCUGGUCUUUAGUGCCCAGUAAAUCUGAAGGGCUUUAGUCCAGUCCUGACUCACCUGUUGGGAGCUGGGAGCAGGGGUGGGAUCUGUGCCGGGGCUGCCACGGCUUCCCCUGGAAGUGUGGAUGGACCCAGAGCACAACCAAAGAGCCUCAGUCACCACCCCCUGCUCCUGGGGGGCCCAUCCCCGAGGGAAUGGAGCCAGGAGAACCAGCUGGGAGAUGUGGCCCAUGGAAAAGCCUCCUUGUCCAGGCAGAGCUGCUUCCCACGGGUGCCAUUCCUUGGGGAAACACGGGCAGCAGUGAGUUUUCCUUCUCUUUGGGGGUGGCAGCCUCGUGUCUGGCAAGCCCUGAAUUUACACCCCACCCCCCCACCCCAUCUACCCCAAAGCUCAGACUUGAGUUCAAAAGUUUAAAACUUGAGUUUAAAAGUUUAAAACUUGAGUUUAAAAAGUUUAAAACUUAAGUUUAAAACUUAAGUUUUAAAUUGUUUUCUCCUCUGGUGGAUUAUCUGGCGUGAAAUCCCCAAUCCCUGUAAGAAAUAUUCAGAUGAUAAUAUAUACAAAGCAAGAAAAAAACCACAAACAACCCAGACGUUAUCUUGUGAAAUAUACUUUUGUAAAUAAUAUUUAAUUUAAAAAAUAAUAAUAAUAAUAAUAUAUUUGGUGCUGUUUUCUCAGAGCCCCUCCCUGAGAGCACUUUUCUUUUGUUUAUAAAUGAUGCUGUUUCCUUCUGUAUUUGUUGGAAAAUAUGUUUAAAGGGAAACAAAACUCAUCAUCUGCGUUGUCCGCUGAAGGUGCAGGCGUGGCUGGGUUAGGACAGACCCCAAGGUGGGAUGAGUGGGAUGAGAGGAAGCUGGAACACCUUCCCAAGGAGAUCAGGUGUGUAGGAUCCAGGCCUGGAAUUUCCUCUUGCACCAGUUUUGGCUGAAGUAGAUCUGGAGACAGGAUUGAACAUGAGCUGCAGCCCCCCAGUCAUUGGUGGCUCGAGGGCAGCAAGGAGGGAUGUUGGAGGUUUUUAACUAGUCCUUGUUUUUAAACUAAACCACAAGUCUCUGGACAUGGAUCCUGGUUUUCUUUUUGAGGUUUAUUUUUAUUUGUUGUCGUUGUUUGUUUGAUUUUAUUUUUUUUUUUAAACCAGGCUGCUACAUAACAAAUUAGAGUAAAAGUUUACCUCUCUGGCAGUAAAGUUCAUUUAUUUCGUUCUCCUUUCUGUCUUUUAUCUCCCCUGUUCUCCCCCUUCUUCGUUUUUAAUUCAUUGGGUCUCUUGUUUAUCCCAAAGUGGACCAACAGCACAAACCACUGGACUGUGUUUUGCUGAGCAGGGAGCAGUUUUCAGUGCUCAGUAACAGUUGCACGCUCUUUAAUUCUCCAUUUUUGGUGCACACGAUUUAAAAACGCGCAGGAAAAAAAGCAAAGGACCCGACCCUGUUGCUCUCGUGGUGAUGAGUGAGGAUCUUCUCUGUAUGCAUUUCCCUGACUGGCCUGUGAGAGUGUGUUGAUCAUGCAUUUCACUGCACUGCCUUGUCUCGGGAGGAGCGUCGUGUUCCCGUGGGAUCCAGCUGUGGGAUGAGCAGGUUGGAGCCACCCCGAGCUCAGCUCAGUGGGAAGGACUCUUCCACCAGGUGAGAGGCCUCAGACAUUCAGUGCUCAGAAACAAUCAGGUUAGACAGGGAUUUUUUUUUUUUUUUUUCUGGCAGAAUCCUGUUUAAAAAAGAAUAAGCGGAAGAGGGAAAACAAAAUCAUCUUGAAUUCAGAAAAAAAAUAAAUAAAAUAAAUCACCGUAUUUAAAAGCAAGCAGAAUGGCAUUGUGUAAGGUACAACCACCACCAAGCUGUUCUCAUCCUUCCAACUGUGUGUAUCCUUCGUUUUGUUCUCCAUAAGGAAACGGGAAUGCUUUUCCCCACUGACAAAACUAAGGACAAUAUUUCCAAUACCAGCCUGUCUAUGGAUGCUCUUGUGUUUACAAAUUGUGUAUACUUUUAUUUCUUUGAUCUUAUUUUAAGGUUUGGGGUUUUUUUUUUGUGUAUUCUUUCAGGUCAUUUGCUUCAGUCAUAAAUGCAAUUGUUUGUUUUCAAAUGAUUGGUUUUCACCUUUUCCUGUGUUUGUACAUUGUAUAUAGUUCUUCAGUAUUAGAGGGAGGCGUAUUGUUUGUCAUAUUUACAAUAUGUGUUGGUGCUCAUUUGAGAAAAUAAAAUUUUCAAGUACUAAA